AUGGGUGCCUUUGAAAAGCUUCCCCCUGAAAUCAUUGUUCGCAUUAUUCAAUAUGCGGCUGAUUUUGUUGGCACGGAAAGUCUGCUGGUAGUUUCACCAUGGGUUCAUGCUGUUUUCGAGGCGCAGCCGCACAGAAUCACGGAGGAUCUCAUAGUAUCAAACCCCAUGACUACCAUGCCUGAAAUUCGAAAUCUAAUCCGAAAUACGGCCCUGGUUCCCACAAUACAUUGUUCCAGUCUCGACAACUAUCUUGGGGUGAUGUGUGUGAGCGCACCCAGUGUUCUCCCUCGGCAGAUGAGCUUUGCCGAACUACAUCGAAUAGUUCAGAUUGCUGCACAGGUUCAGCGUUUAGCAUGUGUAUGCCUUUCAACUAUGCAGCAAAACUUCAUCUCUGCGGUGGGGGCCUCUCCUGCUGGCCCCUUGAGUGGUGCUAUCCGAGCACAGAAAGCGAGUGAGCCAUUUUCAUGGAUUGAGGAAUACCGGGUAUACUGGGCUCUGUGGCAUCUGGCCUACUAUUCUAUUCUCUGUGAGGUUGCUGAGGCACUGCCUGCAGAUUCAGUACAAAGGGUAUAUGCGUGUGCCGUCCGAAACGAAAUGGAUAUACCCAGGCAGGAAUAUAUCUGGACGGUGGCCGCAGUUCUUUCGGACUUGGGACUACAUCCCUCCUACGGGGACUAUGGACAGCAGGAGCCCUCAGAAGUCGCCCGGGGUCUCUCGGAGGAGACACCCAUACCUUUAUUCACAUCCUUUGAGUUCAACUUUGAGAAAUACCUUAUCUGGAGCCCUCAACCAGUACCGGACAGUACUCCCGUUAUAAGUAUCUGGCGUCGCGGGGCGGAUGCGUGUGAAACGUCGUCAGCACAGAGCAGAAGGUUCUCCGCAUAUAGCAGAAGUCUUCUGCGGUGCACUCCAAGUUCAGCCGCGAUGCUAGACGUGCGGCCGUUUCGACGUAUUGGGGUUCUUCUAUGGGACUCGUGGCGUGCGUUCUCGGUUGGGCUUCUAAACAAACCACGCCGAGAGGGUAUUCCGACCCCAGAUGGCGGAUUUAUGGAUUAUUUGGAUGAUGGGCCCCCCCGUUUAAGUCUACGAGAGGAUGCAUCAAUCUGGUUGGCAUUGGUCGGUAAGACGCUGUGA